AUGAUUUUUCGACAAUCAACUAAUAACAUAAAUCAUCAAAUAUCUUCAAAUAAAAUUUUAAUAAUUCUUGCUAUUGCUUAUGGUUUGAUCAUAGCACCUGGAAUUGCCUUUUUUAUUGUUGGUGAAAUAACAAAUAUUAAUUCUGAUAGACAUGGAUUUCUUAUAUUAGUAGGAAUAGCUAUUGCUUUGACUAGAAUUGAAUCAAUAGUUUUUGGUAGUGGAUGUUGUCUUAUACAAUCAAGAUAUGUUGCACGACUACGACAAGCCAUUGCUGAAGAAUCAAUACAAUAUUCAUCAAAAUCACCAAUAGCAUUAAAAUAUCUUGGUUUACUUGCUAUGUCGAAAAUCUUACAUACACAUUCAAAAAGUGUUCAAGUACAUAGUGAUUUAAUAAUGCUUUGUCUGGAUAAUAAAGAUGAAUCAAUUCGUUGA